UCCGCUGGAACUACAACAACUAGCAACAAGCGGCGCACGCAAAACCUAAACUCUCUCGGAUUCCUGCUCCGACCUCGCCGCCUCUCUGGAUAUUCCGCUACUUGGACGCGCAGCGGCAAGUUUAAAGCCCUUAUCCAACGUUAAUAUAUCAGGGUUGCGCUGUUUUUUUUUUGUUGUUUUUCUUCCAUCCCCCCCCCCACACCCUACCCCCAACGCCUGCUGGACUCAGUGAACCGGAGCGACCGGAGCGCCAACCCGACCGGACCCCGUUUUACUUUUCGCCCCCGUAGCCACCGCUACGAGGCUACGACAUGGAUUUAAAGAGAAACGACCGUCCUGGUUGCGGCGUUAAGGAGCAGACUGGGUGGCUUCGCGGAUUAACAAGUUGUAUGAUGUAAAAUACACAUAUAUAUCUUGGCUACUGGUGUGAGAAAACCGCGACGAUUUUUUUUUUUUGUUGUUGAAAAAAAUAAAAACCCGCUUACGAGAGCGAAGCUGCGCAGAAACGGAGGCUGUAUGUAGCAAAGACGUCGAGGAGGAUGGUGUAGUCAUGUAGCGCUACUGUUUCUUUUUCGUGGGUGCUACCCCUUUAUAUCUCUUUAUACAUAUAUACAUAUAUUUAAAAAUAUAUAUUUGUUACAUUUGUAGCACUUGUAGCAUUUGGACUGUUUAAAAAAAAAAAAAAAAAAGGCGACACAACGACAAUAAGGACAAGUUUGACGGUACACCGCUUUGUACCCCUCCGAGGGCUGAAAGGUCACCGGGACCGGUCAUCUCCUUUCCUCUCCUCCCCCUGCUCCUCCUCCUCCUCCUCCUCCUCUCCCUCCUCCAGUCUGUUAUGAAGAUGUGAACUCUUCCCUCCCUCCCUUCCUCUCUCUUUCUCUCUUCGCUCUCCUUUGAUCUUUUUUUUUUCUCUCUCUUCUCCUUCUUCUUCUUUCCCCUCCACCUCUGUUUGGUACAAAGAGAUCAAACGCGACUAUCUUUUUUUUUUUUCGCUCUCUCCCGGGGAUGUACGAAAGCGUGGAUGUUGUGGGUUUGAGCCCAAGCCCCAGCCCCAGCAGCCCCAGCCCGGGGUCUUUCCUGAGCAUGGACUACUACCACAGACCCCCGGGGCUCGGGCCGGAGAAGGGACUCCUGUCCGGCGUGGUUGGACUGCAGCGUCCGUUCGGAGGGUCACUGGUGACGGGAAGGCACUGGAGCGGAUCCAGCCACUCUAUAGAAACCGAAAGCACAAGUUCAGGCGAGGACCUGCUCGUCCCCAGCCCCCCCUCGCCUCCGCCGCCACCCCGCAUCUACAAGCCCUGCUUCGUGUGCCAGGACAAGUCGUCAGGAUACCACUAUGGGGUCAGCGCCUGCGAAGGGUGCAAGGGCUUCUUUCGGAGGAGCAUCCAGAAAAACAUGACGUACACAUGCCACCGGGACAAAGUCUGCGUCAUAAACAAAAUGACGAGAAACCGCUGUCAGUCCUGCCGGCUGCAGAAAUGCCUCGACGUCGGCAUGUCCAAAGAACUGGUGCGCAAUGACAGGACGAAGAAAAAGAAGGAAGAGAAGAGGCAAGGGGACACGGAGGUCUACGUCCUGUCUGCCGACACGGAGCAGAUGAUCGAGCGCGUUCGCCGGGCACAUCAGGACACAUUCCCCUCCCUGUGUCAGCUGGGAAAAUACACCACGAACAACAGCUCCGAGCACCGUGUCUCCCUGGAUGUCAGUCUCUGGGACAAGUUCAGCGAACUGUCCACCAAAUGCAUUAUUAAGACGGUGGAGUUUGCCAAGCAGCUCCCCGGCUUCACAACGCUCACCAUUGCAGAUCAGAUCACCCUGCUCAAAGCAGCCUGCCUCGACAUACUGAUUCUGAGGAUCUGCACCCGCUACACCCCGGACCAGGACACCAUGACCUUCUCCGACGGCCUGACCCUGAACCGCACUCAGAUGCACAACGCCGGGUUCGGACCCCUCACAGACCUCGUGUUCUCCUUCGCCAAUCAGCUGCUCCCGCUGGAAAUGGACGACGCGGAGACCGGGUUGCUCAGCGCCAUCUGCCUGCUCUGCGGAGACCGUCAGGACCUGGAGGAGUCGGAGAAGGUGGAUGUUCUCCAGGAGCCGCUCCUCGAAGCAUUGAAGAUUUACGUGAGGAGGAGAAGGCCUGAAAAGCCCUGCAUGUUCCCCAAGAUGCUGAUGAAGAUCACCGACCUCAGGAGCAUCAGUGUGAGAGGAGCGGAGCGAGUGAUCACCCUGAAAAUGGAGAUACCCGGCUCCAUGCCCCCCCUCAUCCAGGAGAUGCUGGAGAACUCCGAGGGGCUGGAGGGACAGGGAGGUGGGAAAGGAGGAGGAGGAGGAAAAGGAAAAGGAGGAGGAGGAGGUAGCGCCACAGGAGAAGUCGAAAUGGAGCCGAGUCGGUCGCCCCAGUCAGUCCCCUCUUCCAGCCCUAGCCCCGCCCCCUGCUCCCCUUCUUCCCCUCCCCCCUCGUCUUGAAGCUCCGACGUCAGAUCAACAGGAGGAAGCGUCUCUGCUGGACGACAAUAACACGUCAGUAUCUGGACGUCUGAACCCAUGAACUCAUAUUUAUGCUGAGAGGACUGAUUAGAGGUUCAGACACCACGGUUCUAUACAUCAAAUGCAAAAAAAACAACAACUGUUUCUUCUUUUUUUUUGUUAUGUUUUUAUGAUGAAGUUAUUCUUUAUUAUACACAGACUGAUUUAUGACAGAUUAAUGAGUCCAAAUUGUGGACGGACUGAUUCAUUUUAAAUCACCACACUUCCUCCGUUACAAAAUGUUCAUGUACAGUUUCCAGAAUCAUUACAUGUAAAAUAUUGUAUAUAACCAACGCUGUGAAAGUAGCAGAAACUGAGACAGGCCGAUGCAAGAGGUUAUUUUCCUAAAUGUACAUGUGUAUAUACUAUAUUUACCCGAUGCAGCUAUUACGUCACGUUUACACAAUCCACCCCCAGCACUCACAAAACACACACUCCCUCUACUUCCUGCUUUUUCGUUUUAAAGCUAGCUUUAUGCUUCCGCGUCUACGGAUCGACGUCAUAGCAUAAACCGAGCUUUAACCCUCACAGACACUUCAGGGAAAAAAAAAAAAAAAAUCCUCGACUGAAGUUUCCUUCACUGAAAAUCAAAAAUGUAAACAGAGAUUUUCUAGAUCUUGAGACAAAUGUAUUUUUGUGCGUUGUGUUGCAUCGUUAUCCGUAGGAAGAUGUGUAUUUGGGUUGUUUCGGAUGCAGCCCCUGCACCUCAAAGUAGCUUCAAACAAACUGUGAAACGUAUGAAAUCCUUCUUUUAACAAUAUUCCGUCAACCUUCUGGUGGACGACUCCAACCAAAGCAGAGUUAUGGUCUAAUGGAUGCCGUGUUGAAAUCCAUCGAGCAUCAUUCGUGUUCACAGGCGCUGCCAAACGUCUAAAUGUACAUGUUGUAUUUUGUUUUUAUAGUCUGCACCACUUACUGUCAUAGUCAGUCACUGCCUCACUGCGGCGCCCAUACUGUCAGGUACAAAUUGUUUCUAUCUCUUUCAGUGUUGUCUCAUUUGUUGUGUGGUGAGGCAAAGCUCACUGGAAAGUAUAAAAAUACAGGGAUUUCAAUAAAAGAAGUAUGAUUUCCUUCUUA